AUGACGAAUCCGAAUAUGAGUGUUCCUGAUGCGGCGAAGAUCUUGGCGGUUGCUGCGAUACAGGUGCAAGGGAGAAGGACGGGUUGUUCGUCGCCGGGAAGAGCAGGGAGUGAGCGCGCAAAUCCGACACAAAGGAGGACUGGUAAAGCUUCCUCUACACUGAAAUACACAGCCCAAGCUGACGCAUCUGAAGCAAACUCGUCUUCACGACUGCCAUCCAAAGGACCUCAGCGGGCAGAACGACACACUCCACCACCGCCACCGUACUCCUUCUCCCCACUAUCCCCAACUUCGGACAGCAAAUGCGCCGACCCUACUUCCGCGUCUCUUAUCACUCUGUAUGAGGAUAUCAUCGCAUCUGACGCACAGACGAUCCAAGUGCAGCAGGAAACCAUGGCCUCGCAACAGGACAUCAUUCGCUCGCAGUCCCAGAUGAUCAUGAAGCUGCGCCACUUGCUCGAAGAGCAAGAUCAACGUAUCGAAGAGCUGGAUGAGGUUGCAAGAGGGCUGAGAGUGCGGAGAUCUGGGCUGGAUCUUGCACCAAGAUCCAGAAGUACCUGA